UGGCGACCCGUCGCCAUAAGUCCGAGUUCGUUCUUGUGCGCAGAAUUUGGGGAGAAACCCACAUAUUUGCCCGUUUUCCACGCUUGGGAAGCGGCUAUCGCCUUUAAGAGGCUCAGCUUUUCCCACAACAAGGAAAAAGCUGCAAUUCCCGGGGUCCGGGCCCCGCUUUUUUGAGCACUCGUUCUCCUACUGUAUUAGCUUUCUUUACUGAGACGCCUGAACUGUGUCUCUUUUUUUCUCUGUUGUUUUGCUGUCAAGAUGUCGCCGUAAUGGAGUCUCCGUGUAUGACAGAAAUGAUCCAGGGCCUUCGUCGCCUGACCCGCACUUGUAAUAACCCGCUCACCUCUCCUUUCGUCCCAUUUAAUGCUAGAGAGCUCGGACGCUCUCUCCCCGGAGCUCGGCCUCAAAUCCUCUCUGAAGAACAUCAUGGAGAAAAAUCCGAACUGCAACGGCAACAACAAGGUCCCGCCCCGCUCGAGUUCUACAGGCCCAGCUCCUGGAGAUUCUAAACCUAAAACAGACGGCAAGAAUAAUGGAGGCUCCAAGCGCUACAACCGUAAGCGGGAGCCUGCUUUCCCCAAGACAGAGGGCUUCCCAGGCCCCCGUCGCACCAAUCCACAGAAAAGCAAGAAUUUCGACAAGAGACCCCCCCAGAGGGGAGGAAGUGGCCGGCAGUAUGGGCUCAUGGGCGGUGGGAGAAGAGAAGAGGUAGCAGAAAGCCGCCGGGCGGAGUUCAGCCCGGCUCAGUUCACUGGACCCAAGAAGAUAAGCCUGAACCACCUGCUCAACUUCACGUUUGAGCCGCGAGGCGGCCACGGCAACGGCGGUGGCGAUGGCCACACCUGCUGGGGCCGCCGCAACAAGUGGGGCCACAAGCACAAGCCCUUCAACAAGGAGCUCUUCCUGCAGGCCAAUUGCCAGUUUGUGGUGAUGGAUGACCAGGACUACACGGCCCACUUCACUGACCCAGACUCUCUGGUCAACUGGGACUGUGUGCAGCAAGUGAGGAUCUACAGCCACGAGGUGCCCUCCUGCCCCAUCUGCCUGUACCCCCCGGUGGCGGCGCAGAUCACGCGCUGCGGCCACAUCUUCUGCUGGCCGUGCAUGCUGCACUACCUCUCCCUCAGCGACAAGGACUGGUCCACGUGCCCCAUCUGCUACGAGUCCGUCAACGGACCCGACCUCAAGAGUGUGGUUGCCAUGGAGACCCGUCAGUACGCGGUGGGCGACCAGAUCACCAUGCAGCUCAUGAGAAGGGAGAAGGGCUCGCUGAUCGCACUGCCCAGCUCUCAGUGGGUGAAGGUGGAGGAGCCCAUCCGCUUUGGAGAUGGGCACCUGGGCACGUACUCCAAGCUGCUGCUGGCCUCUGAGGAGCAGGUGCUGGGGCUGCUGCAGGAGGAGAAGGAGGCGCUGAGGACCCAGCUGUGCCUGGAGGAGAACGACCCGCAGGACUGCUUCAUCCAGAGCGCCCUGCACCAGCUGCAGGAGCGUGAGGAAUCUCUGCUGAAGCGGACCUCUCAGGAUGUGUCCGGUGCAGAAGGACUGGACCUGCGGAAGCUGUCCCUGUCUGACCCCCCCUCUCCUGAGGACGCUGUGGUGGUCUCCUAUCCCAGCUCCAAGCCUGUGCUGCAGUACUCCUCGGCAUUCGACGACGAGGUGCAGGUGAUGCCAGACGUGGACCCUGUAGAGGUGGCUGAGGAGGUGCCUGAAGGACCCGCUGAGGCCCUUGUGAAGCAGGAGGCUGAUGCAGAGGCCCCACAGGCAGUGGAGGGGCCACCUGUUGGUUCCCAGACUGAGAUGGGCAAACCUCAGACCUCCGAGCCUGGGCCCUACUACUACUUCUACCAGGCGGACGAUGGUCAGCAGAUGUUCCUGCACCCGGUGAACGUGCGCUGCCUGCUGAGGGAGUACGGCAGUCUGGAGGCCAGCCCCCCCGCCAUCACCGCCACCGUAGUGGAGGUGGAGGGACAAGCCGUCACCGAGGAAGUGCGCCGCCGGCACAGGUACCUGGCCCACCUGCCCCUGACGUGUGAGUUCAGCAUCUGUGAGUUGGCGCUGCAGCCUCCGGUCCUCUCAAAAGAGACCCUGGACAGCUUUGCAGAUGACCUGGAGAAGAGGAAGCGUCUACGGCAGAAGAAAGCGAGGGAUGAGAAACGGAGGGAGAGGCGUAUCGAGAUGGAGGAGAACCGGAAACAGGGCAAAUAUCCGGAGGUGCACAUUGGCUUGGAGAACCUGCAGCAGUUCCCUGCGUUUGGUUCUCCCCCUGAUGGCGGCAGCAGCCCUCCUGCCCACCCGGAGUUCCUGCUGGCCCCCCCCUCACCUCUCAGCAGCAGCCCUGCCUCAGAUGGAUUGAUGUUCCCCAGUCUGGGUGCGCACAGCCCUGUGCUGAGCGUGGGCAGUAUGGAGGAUGACUCCCACUGCAUGUCCUUUGCCCAGAUGCUCCGAGAUGGCAAAGCCAGAGGUGAUGUUGGGCCUAAAAUCACCCCAAAGAAAGUGGACAUGCUGCUCGCCCCCCCGGUGGCAGACAGUGAUGGGGAGAGCGACGGCUCGGACCGGGUUCCUGUGCCCAGCUUCCAGAACUCCUUCAGCCAGGCCUUUGAGAAGGCGCUGAUGCAGCUGGACCAUGGGCCCCCAGCCGCCCCGCAGCCGGCUCCCAUGCCAGAAGAGAAAGGGGGCAAGAAGAAAAAGAAAAAGCAGAAGCUUCUGUUCAGCACCUCUAUGGUUCACACCAAGUAGAAGAGGACUCGCAAACACACACGCACACCUCAUACUCCCUCCGCUCAUGACUCAAGUUAUCCCCAUCCAGCUGUGUAUCUUGCUUGCCUCUCGUUUUUAUUCUCCACUCUCUCAAGUAACAUUGAUUCUCAUUGUAGCUGCUUAUUUUACGAGUGACUUGGCAGCUGCGCACCCCUGUGAAACAGCAGUGCCCUUCUGCACUGCCCUAACCUGGCCAUGCCCAUGUACAGUCCCUCAUACCGUUCAAAUGUUUUAAAAUAAACCUGAAAUGAUUUAGUAUAAAACGUGAAGCUCAAAGCCAAGACAUUAAACUGCAGAUUGAUAAGUAUUAACUCACAGCAUCCCGAUGUCAUAAGACUUGCAUAUUUUUUGUUAUUAUGUUCUGGAGGAGUAGCCGGCAUCAUAAGGAACUUUUAACAAAAAAUUGCAUGAGAUGACGCUCGAUGCAGGAGGUCAUGUUUUUCUAUGAGGAUUGUUGGUAGAUUGUUGGAGUGGAUGGGUAGGUAGGGUGAAGUGUAGCAGUCAGCCAGCUGUAGAUUUGCCUUCCAGGACCCCCCUUCCCACUCCGAGUCAAUCGCACCCCUCACAAACCUCAGACAAGGCCAACUCCUGUCCGUUUUCCUGGUGCUUUCUGAGAUCAGUGUUCAUGGCAGCCAUUUGGACCUAGACAUUUUGAAGUGAAACAUGUCAGAGGUCGAUAAAUGUCCCAAAAUACUUCAGGAAUGUUUUGUUAAACAUAAUGAGUAAGCUGCUAAAUGAAUUUCGCUAUCUUUUUUCCCCCCUUUUUUUUUUUAAUAAAUAGCAGGUUCACGCUAUUGCAUACACUGCAUUGAUAGCAGUUUUCUGUCCUCUUGACUAGAUUUGCACCCCCACCCCCCGCAGACCGAUCAGAUCUGAUUUUAGUUCAUAUGUAGACAUUUCUUAGUUUAUAGCCAUUGGUUUAUUUCACACUAGAAAUGGUGAUUAUGGUGCAGAGCUGAAUUAAUGAUUUCAUCCAAAUAACUACCCCAAGUGAAACCAGCAAGGUCUCAGUUCUACAGCCCAUUUUGCCCCCUGUAAUUCAUGUCCAACCCUGCAACACUGUCGCUGUGUGUGUGUGUGUGUGUUUGAGAAUCCAUAGAGAGGUGCUGGCUGCUCAUCUGCUUGCCAUGUAUUGAGUGUAAAGACCGACAAGAGAGAAAAUUAUACAAAAUAUUUUUGUUUGAGGGUUCUUUAAAUUUACUUUCAUUUUUAUAGGUCAACUUCACAGGAAGAGGAAAAAAAAAAUUAAAAGUGACCUAAAGUUGGAAUGAAUAAAGAUUAUUAUACACAGCCAAA